UUUAAACUUCAUCAGGAAAUAAAUUUUUACGUUGUAUUUUCACGGACAUUUUUGUUAGUUGCUGAAGUGACGUGUUGGAAAUUUCCUACUUAAAUCUUGUGAAACUAAAUGAACAGAAUUUCAUUAGUAGUGAAUAUUUAAACAGUUAAGGACUGACUAUAUAUAAUAUUGAACUAGGAGGAAGAAUUUUGUCACUCCACCCCUGCGCCGAAUAGUUAUUUUCGCCGAUUAUAAGGUCAUUGAUGUUUCACUUGUAUAGAAAGACUUAAAGAAGACAAGUGUCUUGCACGAAAGGUUUCAAGAUAGAAACUUGGAUGGCAGAUAAGUUGGUUGUUCAGCAAGGACAGACGGGAUUCGGAUCAUCUUGUUUCCCCUGUGGUGUCGGUUCUAGUCAGCUGGCAGUUCAUGAAGGCAAUGCAUGCUCAAAAUGUACCAGUAAAGGUUGUGUCGGUUGCUACAGUCGGGACAUGAAACCAGAUUUGUCAUCUGAAGCUAGACUCUCCAACAGUGCGACGGAUGAGCACGAAGUUACAUUAAAGAAGGGACUAAGUUCAGAUGAUAAAAAAAAGAAUGAAAGAGCAGACACAGGCAACAUUUCUUCAAAGGGAAGUCUUCAAACACUUAUACCUCCUGUGAAACAUCCACAAGUUGCACAAGUAAAACCACGGAAUGUUCAAAACGUCACGCAUACGUCGCUUUUAAACAAUGAUGGAGCUGUACCGAACAAUGGCGGAAACAUUUUGCAUGAUAGAUCUGACUUAAAACUGCAGGCAAAAUAUAUUAAACCCAUUUCAAAGCAAAAUAAGGAACCUCGUUUAAGGAACACUUACCGUUUUAGAGGAAAACGAAAUGAACGAGGUCUAUGCUCGAAGUCAGACGUGUCAGACGAAAUAGACAAUAGAUAUAUAUAUCUUGUCACUACGGAAAAGAACAAAGGUAAAGCAUUAACGAAGGACAUGACAAUGGGUAAUGUAUUUACUGGAUCAUUGUUUAGAAGAUCUAUGAUGCCACAAAGACCAAAUCAGGGUUUGCGUUCUUCAAAAAUGAACAAAGAACAUCAUGCAUUUCAAAAGGCUAAACAUCGUAAUGAGCGAAAUGAUACAAUUAAACAGUCAUUUAAAAACGCAGAUCAAAGUGAUUCAGCCGUGGCUGCAAGAAGAAAACAUUUACAGAACAGUGCAAUCCAUUCUGAACAGGGAGUGCUCCAUUCAGAAUCAGAGACACACUUGCAAAAUGUUCAUUUCUUUGGCAACACAAGCCAGGCUAGGCAGGAAAAUGUUACAGAAAAGCCAGAAAUAUAUUUGAAAAACAAUGCAAAUCAUCCUGCCCAGAAGAAUACUCACUUAAUUCCGGAGACAUUUUCGCAAAACAGCCAAUUUUAUAACAACACAAUAACAUACCCUAAUGCAACUGGAGUGUAUCCUCCAACCCGUGUAGGACAGAUUACGACUACUGGACACAAUUAUCAACAGUAUCAUGGCAGUUAUAAUGCAGAGGAUCUAGGGGAACCUUGGUUGGCUUUAUCUCACACCGAAAGACAAAGUGUUCGUCUUUCGUCACAGAUGGAAAGAGACGAAUUUUACCAUGAUCCAUUUGGUGUUGAGAGUAUUGAAGACUUAAAUGAUUUUGAUGACAUUCCGGCUUAUGAUGAAAUACCCUACGCUCUCAUCAUGGCUGGGUCAGUUGAUGGAAAAACACUCCUGAGAGCCAAACAAAAACAAAGGCAACAAGUAGCAUUAGACCUUAUAAAAGUAAAAUUGGAGGAUGGAGAAGAAAUAGGUAACGCAGCGGCUGACUUUGGAAACGAAUCUAUUUAUCAAGGCAACCCUGACAUACUUAAAGUUGCUAAUAAAUUUGAUAGGAACGAAGAUUUAAGACCAGCAGUUGAAGAAAGAAUAUCUAAUGUAGCUGAUCACACAAAAUGUGAUGAUGCUAUGAAUAUUAGUGCUGAGUGUGGAAAAAAAGAUGAAGACAUUGAAAGCCAACGAUCACCAUUUCAUAUUAGUGAUAAAAAGAAUAGAACAGCUUCGUUUGCGAAUACGAAAGAGGUAGACUUUGUAAAUGACGAAGAAGAAAAGUCAGUAAAUGAGUAUCACGGAAAUCAACGAGCAGAUAGAGACGAUAAUAGAUUCAUUAGAGAGAAGCAACUGACGACUGAAGAAAACUGUAACACAAUUAACGCUCGGGGCACAACAAAGAAGCACAGUGACAGGGGAGUAACAUUACACUCAGAUGCAAUCCAUAAAUCAGGUUUUCGUUCAAACGUCCCGAACAUGAAGGGUGACAAUACACAGCACCAGACAGGCGAAUCUCUGGAAGCUAGUGCACACGAUACUCAUCCAGUUGAUUUACAGGCUCCAUCCGAAACGAAUGACAAAGAGGUUGAGCCGAUCGCAUUGAAAUUGCUGAGGAGACAAAAACAGCAGGGACAGAUAAAACAUGUGGGCUUCUUCCGUAAGUCUUUGGAACAUGCUGAUAAUACUGAUGAAAACUUGGUGGAACCGAUAGCAAUGCGUCUUCUACGGCAGUCUAGAGAAGCAAAGAAAAGAGCAGAGGAAAGGAAAUCUUUGCAGGGGGCAUUGUCGAAACUUGGUUCCGGCAAUGCAUAUGACAAACCCAUCUCAUUUCUUAAUGCGGUCAGGGAUAUUUUUGGAGUAACAUCUGGUAACUUACCGAUAGAGACUAAACAAGGUACAGCCAAAAUAUAUGACGGAGGAGCUGAUGCUACACAUCCAAAGCUGGUGAAGAAAAAUAAGAAUAAAAAUGUGUCUCCAGUAAGUAAACAAGAACAAGAAUGUUUUGACGGAUUGACUCAUCGUACUGAAGAUAUAAAAGAUCCUUCGAUUAAUGACUAUGGAGUAAAUAAGCAACUCGACAGUGAAGAAGAUACAGAAGAUAAUGAUUCUAAAGUCGUUCCGGUAUCGGGUUCGAGUGGCAUACAGAACCAUGAGGCGCUGCUUAAAAUUGCUGACAACAGACACAAAGCUUUCAAAAAACUAAAAACGUCGCAAUCAGAGGACAAUUUGAAAUGUACAUCUUGUGGAAGCCCAGAAUGUCAAGGCCAUAAUAUAAGGAAGAUGAAAGAAAUGAUAAAAAUGGCAAAGCAGGCUGGUUUUGAAGUACGAGAUGUUAUUCCAGAUGGUAACUGUAUGUUUGCUGCUGUUGUUGAUCAGCUACAGCUGUAUGGAGAUUACAGAUUCGGACCAAAGUCUCUCCGGGAAGCCGCCGUCUCUUGGCUAAUUGACCAUCCAGAUAGUGAUGAUGGUACCCCCUUUUCAAGCUUUUUGUCUGAAGACUGGGGAGUUUAUCUGCAGAGAAUGAUUGUUGAAGGGGAGUGGGGUGAUCAUUUGAGUUUACGAGCUAUUGUUGAAGUCGUUGGAUACACUAUAAAAGUAAUUAACGUUAGCGGUGAAGAGGCACGUGAUACUGUACUUGAGCCAGCAUCCGCUACUUCUAAAGAUGGGAUGCAUUUAGUUCUAGGUCAUCUUGGAGAGUUUCACUACACAAGCCUUAGACCAGCAGAUGACAGAAAUACUUCGUUUGUCCCAGCUCCAGUAUCUCCGACAGCAGAAGAUCUUUUCCUCACCUUUGACGGUGAACAGCUUGCACUUGAAGGUACGGAGACUGUUGAGAUGUUCCGUGAGGACUAUAUAGACACCUGGAGCGAUUUGCCGUCCGCUCACUUUUCCUUUUUACUGAAAAAUGUCAUCCCUGUAAAAGUGGUUAACACGGCGGCAAUCGUGCAGUCACAACGAAUGGAUAGCGUACGUAAUCCUGAUCUGUUUCCGGUAAGAGUUUCGCAAAUGGUACUUAUAUUUGCCUCAAGUGAAAUUAACUUGCCACAGUCCGAUGAAAGUCUUUCUAGCCUUUAUUGGAAUCAGUAUUGCGCAUUACGAUGCCUAGUUUGGCCGGAGUGUGCUAAAUCAUGGAUUUCACGUGUACGCAGAGAAGGUUGGCCUUCAAAGGAUUGCAUAUCAUCGAUUGAAUCCGAGGGAUGUUUACUUUUGCCUAAUGCCCAUAAAGAAAGCAGAAGUCCCAGUCUUGAGUGGCAGUUUUCAUUCACUCUUUGCGAGAGAAAAUUGUUCAGAGAUGCACUUUCACUGUACCAAAAGUAUUGUUACAUUGUGUUUUACGCCCUCUGCACACACACGAUGCACCAUUUGAAGUCCAUCAGCUCAUCCCACUUUAAAAGCGUAUUCUUUUACGCUUGUGAGAGAAUACCUGCGGAAUAUUGGGAGUCCUGUCCUGGCGCAUGCGUAUUUUAUAUGCUGAAUGAGUUGCUCCGCUAUGUAAGAGCAAAAGAUCUGCCAAAUUAUUUCGUUCAUGAUAAUAAUAUGAUAGACCAUCUCAUGGAAAAGGAUUUAAAAGAAAUAGAAGAACAUGUAAUCCUGCUACGAUCACAGCUUGUAUUGUUUCUUCGGCAGAUAAAUGAGACUCUUUUCAUGCUGCCACAUGGAAAUACGGUAAUCGACAAAAUCUCCGAUGAUAUUGCGAAGUUCAAGGAGCAUAAAAGCUUGAAAAGGUCGACAUUAGAAGUAUUCAUUCCAGCAACAAUUGAUACGGCACACUAUUACAUCAGAAUGCGUUCGUUGGAGCAAGGAUACGAAAUUUUGUCACAGGCAUUUCAGCAGCGUUUGUCAGUCAGCACAUGCGACGAUUCAGUGCCGUUUCAGAUUUUCCUUACGGGAGCCGUCAGCGGGCUUGACCUUGAUUCCCUGGUCUGGUUUUCUGCUUACACAGAUAGGCAGUUGGAAGGCCAAAUCUCUAAGUCCCUAGUUAGGGAAACAUGUGGUGAUUUGCACCUAGUCAGAAUAAAUGACAUUCUUCCAGCCGAUGUAGUCGGAUCUUACGGAAAUACCGAGGUUCCUGCUGAAUUCUUGGCAAGAAUUUGCGCAUUUUGCCACGACUUCGCAAAGUUUCUUUUCCAAACUAACAAACUUUCAGAGAUUCUCCCAAUCCUUUACCAUUGCCACGAACUUUUUGUGAAGAAGCUUGAAGAUACAAAAUCCCACCGUUCUACAAACAGCAAAAACGACGAGCAACCGUCAAAUGAGGAUUUUACUGACGAGGCGAUGUUUGAUAUUUACAUCGCCAUGUAUACGGUGUACAAGAAACAACAGCAGCUGGAAUUUUUCCGUCCUGUGAUGCGAGUUGUGGAUGCCAUAGUUGAAAGAAUACAUACAAGAGGGGUAUACAAUUGUCUCUGCCACAUGUACUUAAGUCUUGGCGAUACAGAUAAACGUGUGAUAAGUUCUAACAUUUACGCUCAGUUACCUAAAGAUCCACAGGAACUAAAACGUGUAACGGCAUUUCUGCACUGGCCGUAUAAAAGCAAAGCCAUAUAUUUAACCUAAAAUAUACAGAAGAUCCUAAAGAACUGUACGUGUGUAUUUUUAUUUGUUUCCGUAAAAUGUGUAAAAAAAAAUGUAUACCUUAAUUUAAAAAAUUUGUAUUCAAUAAAGGUAUUCUGGCAGUUUAGUACAAAAUCCUGCCUACUCUUUUAAAUGAGUUACACAAAAGAACUGCAUUGAAUGCAUUUUAGAAAAUAAUGUUUCAGAAAAUAAUGCUUUGCCAAUACAAUGCAAAAUGUACAGAACAUGCGAACAAUUAAUUUUCAUAAAUGCUCAUGCAAAUUCAUACUAAAACUGUCAGAGGCCCUUUCUAUAUCACGUAUGAGUUUUGAAAUUGCGUAAACGUCAGUAGAGUGAAAUUUAAACGCGUGAGAAUUUAGGCCAAAUAUGUACCCCCUCUCACCUUCCUCCUUCAGGUUGGAUGCAUUUUGAUUUGCCUGAUGUCCCGAAUUACGUCUCUGGACAAACGUCUAUAUUCUCAAUAGGAUCACGUUCAAACUUGGCACGAAUUUUCUGUAUCAAGUCUACUUACGCAUGUUGCCGGACAAUCUCCACAGUGAUCUCCCCUUACAUUAAGGAAUAAAGUUAAUGUAGUACUAGGGAAAAUAACCGUCAGAAUGUUCCAGACGAUUUAUUUGAACAGAGUUGCAUGAUUUUUUCGCGAUUAUUGUAAUGUUUAGUUGCGCAUUAUAUACUUGUACAGAGUUGGGAUGACUGACUUUAGCAGAGAUCUUCAUUGACUUCAAUUAUAAUUUUAGCCGCGCCAUGAGAAAACCAACGUAGUGGCUUUGCGACCAGCCUGCGCAUCCAUACUGUUCGCUAACGGUUUCUCUAAUUGCAAUAGGCUUUAAAAGCGAACAGCAUUGAUCCUAAUCAGACUGGUCUGGAUCCAUGCUGGUCGCAAACGCACUAUGUUGGUUUUCUCAUGGCACGGCUCAAUUUUAUUCCUUCUGAACCUAUCCUGUUGCAUUUAUACAAAUCAAAUGCGUAUGUGCUGGUCCCGUAAACGUUGCUUUGAUGUCAGAUCAUUUAAGAGUUUGCCUAAUAAUAAACCAAUACUGGAAUCGCCUGACUAUUCUCAACACUGAGAGUGUUAGACAAUUAUAUGACUAUAAAAAUGUUAUUGCCUAAAAAAGACAUAAGAAUAUUCGAGAUGUUUUGGCUCAUUUUAAACUGAGGAAGAAAAUGGUAGUGUAUGUAAAUAUCACAGACGUCGAUGUACCCACGUUUUAAAUGUUCAUUUUCUAGUACUGCUAAUUCAUCUCUUUACAAUGUAAGGCCUGAUGAUGUACAUUUAAUAACAUGUAAUAAAUGUUUAGUUAUCCAGAAAUAAUUACUAACGUUUCUGAACAUUUUGACUCACAAAUGGCAUACCAUCCAGGAUUUCUGUUUUAUGCCUAUGAUAUUAUUAAUCCUUGAAAAAAGCUUGUAAAAGAGACAUUCUGGAUGUAUCGUUCAAUAAGAAAUGAAUUAAUGUCUUUAAUAUGCAUCUGUUUUAUACAAUAUAUGAGCCGUGCCAUGGGAAAACCAACAUAGUGGGUGUGCGA